ACGUAUAAAAGACCCAGCCUUGGACUGGCAGGUUCACCAUUUCCUUUUGGCUCGCUUUGUUGCGGAAUCGCUCUCAGCUCUGCGUAAUGUUACCCUGGGGGAAUCGGUGCAUUCUGAUUGUGACUCUUCUUUGGGACUUGGUGUCAUGCUGUGAUUACACUGAGUCCACAUGUGGGGCAAGACGUCCAGGGGACAUUAUGAUUGGUGUGUUAAGCUCCUGCCAUACUAAAGUGGACGCCUUACAUGAGCGAAUCCAGCCAGAGAAAUUCAACUGCACAGAGUUUGAUAUACGCACAUUUGUGAAGAUCUUGGCUAUCAUCCACACUAUUGAUACAAUCAAUGACUCUGGUUUCCUGCCUGGCAUUCACCUUGGCUAUGUUAUCUGUGAUACAUGCGCAGAUGCCAGUAAAGCCAUUCAAAGUGCUCUGCAUAUGUUAUCCAUCAACAAUACCAUGGCAAGCCAAUGUGACCUUGCAGAGCACCCAUUAAAGGCCAUAAUUGGGGCACGUUACUCUGAAGUAUCCAUUGCUAUGGCCAGGUUACUGGCCCUCAGUAUGGUCCCCCAGAUAAGCACCACAUCAUCCGCAGCAACUCUGGAUGAUAAAUUGCGUUUCCCGUCAUUCUUGCGCACGAUACCUAGUGAUAUACACCAGACCCGUGCCUUGGCCCACCUUAUGGCACACUUUGACUGGAACUGGGUGGGUGUGGUGUCAGGGGAUGAUGACUACGGAACGGUGGCUCUCCAGAAUUUCCUAAAAGAAGCUCAAGAUCGACAGGUGUGCACUGCUUUUCAGGAGGUCCUUCCUCAUUACCUGGGCCACGAUGACAUUGACCGGCGCAUCAGAGAGGUGGCAGAACAAAUACAGUCCUCUAAAGCCGAGGUGGUCUUGCUCAUUCUGAAGGGACAGCUGGUUGAAAAGCUGUUUAAGGUGAUGAUCAGGAAGAGAAUUUCUAGGACGUGGAUCGCCAGUGAUUCUUGGUCCAUGUCUCGAACUUUAGCUAGAAUGAGUGGGAUAAAUAAGAUUGGAGACAUAUUUGGAUUUCACUUCAUUUCAGGUCAAAACCCUGGGUUCGAGAACUUCCUAAAAAAUCUCACAAUUGGAACAGGUGCUGUCAAUAGGUUCAUCGAGGAGUACAAAGAUCUGAGGUUUGGGUGCUCUCCGGAAGUACCUGACCCUCAAAAAGCAAAUGAUGAUUUUCUAACACAUGCAGUGGAUCUGAAUGUAGUAUACUCUGAGAAAGUGGCUACAUGGUCAAUUGCUCAUGCCCUACGAGCUCUUCUCAAAUGCAAUCACACUAUUUGUUCAGGCGAGAGAAACCUUCCACCUUGGAAACUUCUCCAGCAAUUGAAGAAGAUUAAUUUCACCCUUGACAAGAGACAGUUUUUCUUUGAUGACUCUGGCAGCUCUGCAAGUGGUUAUGACUUGAUCAAAUGGGUGAAAAGAGAAGAUGGGAGGUAUUUUGAAGUUGUGGGAGAGUAUAAUGUGAUGACAAGCCUUUUGGAGAUCAGUGCAGCAAGUAUAGAAUGGGCAACUCCAAACAAAACAAUUCCUGUGUCAAAAUGCUCUGAGUCCUGCCCCCCUGGAACAUCAAAGAAAAUCUCCACGAUAUCCUGCUGUCACAAUUGCAAGAUGGGAAGAGCGCUCUAUGUUCCCUGUUGA